GUCUUAAAAAGCUAAAGAGAACAAGGCGUAAUUAUAGUGUACGUGCAUGCAUGAAUUGAAUUUUUGUACUUGUAAAUAUGUACAGGAAUAUGAGGGCAAAACCAUUAAUUGUUGAUUCAGGGUUGGAUAUGGCAAAGAAAGCUGGUAUUUUAACGACUACGCAGCAAAGAAGCGUGCCGACGGCCUUCGAGCUCGUUACAGGUUCUGCUUGGAUGGCACUUUCUCGUCCAUUCAUCGACUUCUGCAUAUGGGAAUGGGACAAUUUACCUCGAACGGUUCUCAUGUACUAUGCGAAUUUCAUAUCCUCCCCAGAAGGUUAUUUCCACACAGUCGUUUGUAACGCGGAAGAAUUCCGCAACGCCACUGUGAAUAGCGACCUCCACUUCGUAUCUUGGGACAACCCUCCCAAGCAGCACCCCCAGUACCUCACCGUCAAGCACAUGGCAAAGAUGGUGGCCAGUAAUGCCCCGUUUGCUAGAAAAUUCCACAUGGAUGAUCCGGUGCUCGACAAGAUCGAUUCUGAACUGUUGUUUCGCGGUCAAGACAUGGUGGUCCCCGGUGGGUGGUGCAUGAGAAGCAGGGAAAAUGGGACCGAUCCUUGCUCUGUAGUGGGUGAUACCACAUUCAUCCGUCCUACUGCUGGUGCAAAACGGCUGCAAAUGUUGAUAAAUUCGCUGUUAUCAAGUGAUAAAUUCUGACCGAGGCAGUGCAAAUAACAAAUAGCUAUUCAAAAGGCAGUUCUCAUUUCAAUACGCCAAUACACAUAAUGAACCAAUGAUACAGGGGAAGAUGGCACAAUAAGGUAAUUAGAAGUAGAACUUGUGCAGUUAAGGAAGGAGUGCUGAGAGAGUACCAAUUCGACUUGUAGGCUAGAGCUAAGUCAUGGGCGGGUGCGGAGGUAGGAGAGUGAAAACGUCUUUGAUCAAAAGCCUCCCAAACAACUAAAAUUAGUGAGUGCAAUGGUUGAAAGCGCCAGCUCACAUCAAGGAUUGAGUGCGGGAGUGAAGACCAUUUUGAAGGAAUAUGUAACUAAGGGCUAGAGGCAAUGAAGUGGCUUUGGUUUGCUGCUAAGAUAAAGUCAGUAUGUGAUGUUCGUUCGAAUAGUCCCAACUUUAUUUCUUCUAAAGAGAGUAUGAAUUGUAUUCUGUUCGUUGGGCAAUCUCAUCGUGUGGCGCGCGUUGAACGGUGUAAAACGUUGUAUCCUGUAAAGAGAAGUUGUUUGAAACCUCAACCACCACUCGGGAGUAAUGCUAACAAUUCUGUAAUUUGAGUGUAGAAAGUUAUGAAGUCUCACAGAUGUCCGU